CAGACCAAUUCUAAAUCAAUUUCUCUAUACAAACAGUCAAGAUGUUCCGCUUUCUCCAGCCCAAAUCCCUCCCCCCGAUAACCCUCUUCCACAACCCCACCCUAACCUCCUCCGCCCAUGCCCUCACAAUCCUCAAACAAGCCUCCACCAUUGCCUCCGAAACAGCCACCGAAGACCAAGCCUCCGACUACUCCAACCACGCCAAGAACCAGCAGACCGAGUUCCAGCUGGAAGUCACCGAGGGCUCGCCCACGAACGACCAGCUCAGGAGUAUUCUGGAUUAUGUUGCGGAUAAUGGGGUGGGGAAGAAGAAGACGUAUGUGCCGGGGGAGAUUGUAAAGGGGGCGAGGGAUGCAGAGGAUGCGUUGGCGAGGUUUAAGGAAGAUAAGGAGAGGUUUGUUAGGCCGAUUACUGUUGACUGGAACGGUGGACGUGCCGUCAUCGGUGAAGACGAGUCUGAGAUUCUCAGUAUGUUACGCCAGGUUGGCCAGUCGGACGUCGACUAAAUGCCUUCAUGAUCGAUCCAUCGUGUUUCAUAAAUACCCUGUUGGAUAGCUCGAUUUACUGGAUCUAUCAUACCAGUCUAUGUAUCAUACACAAUAUCAAUGCACUCAACUCCUGACCAUGACCUCCUGACACUGAACGCGUAAGGUGAAACAUGCAUCGAAUUAGAAUGUACUCGCUCAAAAAGAGAAAUGAAAUGAAAACAUGAAGAUGAAAUAACCUUGUCAUGGUCAAACGAGAUCCCGCUCGGUGCCAGAAGAAAGACCGAAAGAAAAGAAAAGAGGUAAUGCCUAAAACAUUGUUCCAAACGACCCAUCCGUUGGAAUUGGUUUUCGAGAUGAACUUCGUCCUGCGCCUUCAAUGGCCGGUUUUCGAUGACUGCACGUUUAAUUAGUAUAACAGCAAAAAACAUAUAGAAGCAAAGAGCGUACCGGAAUGUAAACCCAACAAACAACCCCUUGCUCAUCUUAUCCUCCCG